AAACUGAUAAGCUAAUCAAAGAGAGACCGACACUGCCAAUCUUUUCAAGUGAGCGACCUUCAAAUCGAUGCUAAUUAGAUUAGCAGACAACUGUAGUUUUCUGUGCUUCAGUUUGCUUCUUUGCUUGAUUGAAGUCGGUUUAGCGGCCGAUCCUUUCGUUUUCUAUGACUGGACCGUCUCUUACGUCACGGCCUCCCCUCUUGGGGUUAAACAACAGGUGAUUGGCAUAGAGGGACAAUUUCCAGGGCCCAUUCUGAACGUCACCACAAAUUGGAACCUCGUCGUCAAUGUCAAGAAUAACCUUGAUGAGCCAUUCCUCCUGACAUGGUAUUUCUGUUUAAUCCCAACCAAUGCCUUAAAAUGCAGGAAUGGCAUUCAACAAAGAAAAAACUCGUGGCAAGACGGCGUUUCAGGGACAAACUGUCCCAUUCCUGCUGGUUGGAAUUGGACGUACCAUUUUCAGGUCAAAGAUCAAAUUGGCAGUUUCUUUUACUUCCCUUCACUCAGCUUCCAGCGAGCUGCGGGUGGCUAUGGAGGUAUCAUAAUUAACAAUCGAGAAGUUAUUCCUGUACCUUUCGGGACACCAGAUGGGGAUAUUACCCUCUUUAUUAGUGAUUGGUACAUAAAGAGUCAUAAGCUUAUGGAAAAACAGGAGAUGAGAAAGGACCUUGAAAGUGGGAAUGACCUUGGAGUCCCUGAUGGAGUCCUAUUUAAUGGGUUGGGCCCAUACCAAUAUGAUAGAUCCCUUGUGAGGGAUGGUAUUCCUUACCUAAUAAUAAAUGUCGAACCAGGAAAAACAUAUCGUCUACGGGUACACAACGUCGGAAUUUCUACCAGCUUGAAUUUUAGGAUCCAAAACCAUAACCUAGUCCUUGUAGAAACUGAAGGGUCUUAUACAGUGCAACAAAACUACUCAAACAUGGAUAUUCAUGUGGGUCAGUCGUACUCAUUCCUGGUGACAAUGGAUCAAAAUGCUAGUAAUGAUUAUUACAUAGUUGCCAGUCCUCGGUUUUCCAAUAAUCCAACUUGGACCAAGGCUCCAGGAAUUGCUAUACUGCACUACUCGAAUUCGCAGGGCCUUGCUUCAGGUCCCCUUCCAGACCCUCCCAUUGAAAAUGACCCGUAUUUCUCAAUGAAUCAAGCAAGAUCCAUAAGAUGGAAUGUGACUGCUGGAGCUGCUCGGCCCAACCCACAAGGAUCUUUCAGAUAUGGAGAUAUAACUGUGACCGAUGUAUAUAUAGUCAUCAACAGGCCUCCCGAGCUUGUUGAUGGCAAACGGCGUACUACCCUUAAUGGAAUUUCGUAUUUACCCCCUUCAACACCCUUGAAGCUUGCCCAACAGUUUAACGUCCCAGGUGUCUUCAAACUCGACUUCCCUAAUCGGUUUAUGAAUAGGCCUGCGAAAGUCGACACAUCAGUUAUUAAUGGAACUUUCAAAGGAUUUAUGGAAAUUAUAUUUCAGAACAAUGGUACAUCCAUGCAGAGUUACCAUCUGGAUGGCUAUGCUUUCUUUGUUGUUGGGAUGGACUUUGGAGAGUGGACAGAGAGUAGCAGGAACACAUAUAACAAAUGGGAUGGGGUGGCUCGCUGCACAACUCAGGUUUUUCCUGGUGCUUGGACUGCUAUAUUAGUGUCUCUGGAUAAUGCUGGGAUGUGGAAUCUUCGGACACAGAAUCUUGACUCGUGGUACCUUGGCCAAGAAACUUAUGUGAGUGUUGUGAAUCCAGAGCAUGACAGUGACGAGGUGCAGUUGCCCGAGAAUACAAUAUACUGUGGCCAACUGUCAUCCUUGCAGAAGCAACAGGCUCAACGAGUCAACUUCUCCGGGGCACAAUCACUUGACAAGAUGUUCAAGAUUGUUCUCAUUGCUAUUCUACUAGUUUUAACUUUAUUUGGAUAAAAGCAGAUAUUACUUGAGCAUUGAACUAAGACUUUCGAUCAAAUCUGAUCUGAGGGAGACAGACAAAGCUAUUCAAGGGUUAUACAUAUUUUUGUGUGCUUCGGUGCAUGUAUAUUGUAUGAUAUACAUUUCGUGUGUAUUUCAGCUCAGUUGUUAGUAUGCAAUAACUGAUAUAGGACUUGCAGAGUUGGUGGAGUUUUGAUUUGAUUGGAAGAGCAAUGAUUGGCUUUUUGUACGCAGCAUUCGGUUGAAAGUUUCACAAUGUGUACUUCAUGUGAUUGAUCUAAGGAAUACAAAAAGUUGUUAUUCCUUUUGAGAAGGUUCAUUCCUUUUGCAUUUUUGCUUGUUAUGAUCUGGUAUGAUCAAAUAUGAUUUGAAUUCAGGUACUAUAAAAUUAGUCUGUUAUAAUCUAUUUGAUAAGGCAUGUUCCUU